AUGGUUGGCCCGCCACCUCUCACCGGGCUUAAGGUCCUCGAAUUUGCAGGCCUGGCACCAGGCCCCUUUGCCGGCAUGCUACUCGCCGACGCCGGCGCCAGCGUCCUCCGCAUCGACCGCGCUGUGCCCCAGGCCGACGGCAAGGGGAAGCCCCUGCCGACCGAAGACAUGCUCGCGCGCCACAAGGCCUCGAUCGCCGUCGACCUCAAGGACCCCGCCGGCGUCGCCCUCGUCAAGACGCUCGCCGCCUCGGCCGACAUGCUCAUCGACCCCUUCCGACCAGGCGUGCUCGAGAAGCUCGGUCUCGGCCCCGACGUCCUCUGCGCCCUGAACCCGCGCCUCAUCUACGGCCGCAUGACCGGCUUCCGCCGCGACGGCAAGUACGCCGCCAUGGCCGGCCACGACAUCAACUACCUCGCCGUCUCGGGCGCCCUCGGCGUCCUCGGCCGCGACGGCGAGAAGCCCCACCCGCCCUGGAACAUCCUCGCCGACUUUGCCGGCGGCGGCGCCACGCUCUUCCAGGGCCUCCUCCUCGCCGUCGUCGCGCGCCACGCCACCGGCCGCGGCCAGACGCCGCUCGGCAGCAACGGCCGCGGACGCAACCUCCUCGACGGCGGCUGCCCGUACUACGACACGUACGAGACGAGCGACGGCAGGUACAUGUCAGUCGGCGCCCUCGAGCCUCAGUUCUACAAGGCCCUGAUCCGGGGCCUCGGCCUCGAGGGCCAGGGCUGGGAGGCGAAACGACAGGAUCCGCAGGUGUGGCCCGCGAUGCGCGCCCUCUUCACAGAGGUCUUCCUCUCGAAAUCCCGAACAGAGUGGGAAGCCAUCUUCGACGGCACCGACGCGUGCUGCACGCCCGUGUUGGAGUACCCCGAGCUCGAGUCGGAAGCGGGGCGCGAGGGCGACCAGCGCCCCGCCGUCACGCUCGUUGAAACGCCAUGCCUGGCCGUCGUCGCAGGGGCCAAGGAUGCGCGCCAGGGCCAAGGGCCUGGGGUGCCCGGCGCUGGAUACGUCGGCAUCCCGUUGCGCCCUGGAGACGGCGGCGAGGCUAUGCUGCAGGAGUGGCUGGGCUGGAGCAGCGGCAAGGAGUUCGAAGUGCUGCGAGGAGGCUUGGUCCUCAAGUCAAAACUGUAG